AAAAGGGCAUUUAUUGGAGGAAUAUACCCAACUCAAAAUAAGCAAAAAUCUCCAAAACUAACCUUCCAAAAUUAACAUGGGGAAGUUACAAAUGAAUGGUGUAAGAGUAAACAGACCACCCAACGGAUGUGCGCGACUGCCGCAACUACUCUCUUCCUCUUGCUCAUCACCAUCACCACAGACCCAUUAAAGCCCUCGGAGUUCUUCUAGCUUGACCAGGUCGGGUGGUGUGUGUUCCUCAUCGAAUAAACUUAAAAAAAAAAUAGUUUAUACGUAUCUCUCAUAAUUUUCAUAGCAUUCUAAGGAUCUCUCCAUACCUACCCCGCCCCCAUCCCACACUCCCACCACUCAGCUGGCGGCGCGACGGCUGCUUUCCCUCUUCGCCGCCGACGCCGCCUUCUGUUCAAUGCAUUUUCAUCAAUUUUAUAUAUAGUUGCAACCAAAUAGUUAUAUAUCGACGCCACGGCGUUCCUCGGUUCCCCCACGAGGCUAUACUCCUCCUCCUUGUUGUUUCUACUUUCCUUCAACAUUAGUCAUUGAUCAUAGUUUAAUAUUAGGAUGACGGAUUACGAGCCAAUGGCCAAGAAUUUAUCUUUAUCAUCCUCAUCAUCAUCACCAUCAUUGCACGAUUCAGAUACGUCGGAGGAGUUGCAGGGUAUGCCAUUGGCACCUCCGAUGUGGAAGAACAAGAAGCGACUGUCGAAACAGCUGUCCAUGUGCGAGACUCGACGGGACAUCGCUUGGGAGAAGCGGCGUCGCCAGAUUCUUAUGCAAGAACGAAGAAAGAACGGAACUAUUGACUCUGACGACUUGACCGAUGAGGACUUGAACGAGCUUAAAGGGUGUAUAGAACUUGGGUUUGGGUUCAAUGAGGAAGAAGGGCAGGGACUGUGCAACACGUUGCCGGCUCUUGAUCUUUAUUUUGCUGUAAACCGACAGCUUUCACCUAGUCCAGUAUCCACGCCACAGAGCCGGGAGUCCACAUCAUCGUCAUCCCUAGGCAGGCGAUCCUCGUCGUUUGGGAGCCCAACUAGUGAAUCAGAUUGGAAAAUAUGCAGCCCAGGGGAUGAUCCUCAGCAGGUGAAGACCAAGUUGAGGCAUUGGGCACAAGCCGUGGCAUGUUCAGUGUUGCAGUCUUAUUGAUCAGUGUGGGAUGGCUUUUGUCCAAAAGACACAGAGGCAGAGAGCGAGACUCACGGUUUAUUUGCCCCAGGAAGGGGAAGGAAAACCGAAAAAAAAAUAUUAGUCUCCGUUAGAUCUACCGUAGGCCAACAAAAGAAUUACAAAAGAAAAAAAAAAUUUGGUGCGGCGCCGUUUUGACGGUCCUUUUCUAUUGCCAAGGACAGUUGAAUAGGUUCUUGGCUUUCGAUGACGACUGAGAAUUAGGCGUCGUCGUCGUCAUCAUCAUCAUUUUCUUCUUCUUCUUCUUCUUUAUCCCUUUCCUAUCCAAGUUUCUUUGGGAGCAGAGCAACAAUGUAACAGCAUUGCACUGUAAUUUUCUCUUUUUUUUCUUGGAAUAAAAAUCAAAUUAAUGAG